GUACAACAUCACCUUCCUGCUGAACAUCAGCCGCGACGUCCCGGAGGACCUGGGCGUGGUCCUCUUCGGCUACGUCCUCCCCUUUCUCCUCGUGGCCACGCUCAUCACCAACCUCCUCAUCGUGCUGGUCCUCAGCCAGGCGCACAUGCGCACACCGACCAAUCUGGUGCUGCUGGCGAUGGCCAUCGCCGACCUGCUCACCCUCCUCUCGCCCGCCCCCUGGUACUUCUACCUGUACACGCUGGGCAACCACCGCAGCCCGGCCAACUCGCUUUACCCGCCUCGUACCUGCUACCUCUUUCACGUCAUGUACGAGGUGCUCCCCGCCCUCUUUCACACCUACUCCAUCUGGCUGACGUUGCUCCUCGCCGGACAGAGGUACGUCUACGUGUGCCACUUUAGCCUGGCUCGCAGCUGGUGCACCGUUCCGCGAGUGAUCAAGGCAAUGGUGGCGGUCUUUCUGGUGGCCGCCCUGCACCAGUCGACCCGUUUUGUGGAUCGGGACUUUCUCACCGUUCGCUUCAUCUGGAAUGAACAGGUCAUCGAGGGCUGUGAGUACCUGACUGCCAGUUGG